AUGAGAGAAUUUUCGAGUGCCGCUUUAGGUGCAGUGGCCGUCCUGCUUGUAGCCAGAUCUGAUGCUGGCAAUGGACCUCAUGUGCUGCAACGCCAAGCACCUGACGCUUUCGAGGUCUUCGCCGCAUUCCCUUACGCUGUGGGUAUCUCUGAUACGAACAACGACACUAUCUUCGAAUGCCUGUCGGCGACGCGCAAAGAUUUUGAUCCUGUGGCUAAAACGGUGACCUAUGUGUGGUCACUCAGCGAUGGACCAGGCAAGCGGAAGCACGUUGGAUUUCACCACACGGCUGGUGCGACUCCGGAUGCAACAAACUUCACAGUUGGCAAAAGCACUAUCAUGGAAGUUGCUUAUAUUGUUUGGAGCGACUACAAGGACUGCGCCAUAACCGACGUUCCUCACUUCGCCGAACAGUGCACCUUGUGGGUUUCAAAGGCGGUCGAAGAUCUGGUGCCUCUCUAUUGCUUGAAGCAGUUUCAUGACGUUUGCGGCGUCGUGGUGCCUCUUCACGACAGUGACCUCUGCGAAGAUGACGAGAAUGACGAGGAGGACGAUGACGACGGCUAUUAGGCUUGAAAGGUAGACGUGGGAAAAACCCACUUUAAGAGAACUGAAGAAGUAGACUGGCAUAGUGUUCAAUAAACACCCUUUUGUUCAGGAA